AUGAACUCGAAGGAUCGUUCAUGGUUCUUGCUUUCGAUUAGCAUGUUGACCAUGCGCUCGCAUUUGAUUUUCAGCUGGUCAAAUUGGUCGCUGCUUUCUUCGGCAACCGAGUCCUCAAUAUCGAGAGCUUUCUUCCAGCAGACAACUGAAGAGUCGACAUCUUUGGUCAACAGCUUUCCUCCAAAGUGGAACAACAAGUUUGAGAAGUUGCGCAGACGUUUUGGCUGGCAUUGGUUCUUCAAGCUAUCAGCCAUAGUGUUUAACGCUUGGUAUCCAAAACUGAACUGCUUGAUAGGAUCCAUGUCUUUGAUUUUGAUAGUGACCAUGUCGAAGAAGUUGAGACAGGGAUACGUUUUCUUGCAGAAUUGCAGAAUGUCCAGCACCACAGACUGGUCAGCAGGCGAUUCCAGGUCGAGCCGUUUCAGGAGUCGACACGAUUCGGCAGCAAACAUGGGAUCGUUGUUCAAUGGCGUGCUGGACAACUUAAGAGCUUUGAGCAAGGCCUCAGGCGUGUUUCCUUCCACGAUUUUUGUAGUUGUCAAUAAAUAG